AUGCGAUGCGCAAAGGCGAAACGCGAUUGCGUUGUGCCGGACUCCCACCGUGGAAGUCCAGCUCUAUCGCAAGAAAGUCAACCAAAUGACAAUGAAACGUCGAGUUAUGGUGGAUUGAGUCAACUGGGCAACCCUGAGAAUAUGCCAGAGGUGGUUCCUCACACCACCGAGACACCGAGCCUUGCACAACAGCUAGUCACUGGAGCUCCGAACAAUCUUCAACCACGAAUAAAUAUGGGUGGUACAGCAAAGUCAUCGGGACACGUCAAAAUCAGCAAUCUACCAUCUGUAUACAUGACGUCACCGCUGGGGACCAUAGACGCUCAACUCCUCGCUAGCUCAACCUCAGAAGUUCCAUCCCAGCUUGGGUUGUCGAAUCAAACCUCAAGCGAACCCAAUUUCGCUCCGCCGCCUUAUGAGAUGCGCGUCAAUGAUUUGCUGUCUUUGCUGCAAUACUUCAGAGCCAAAAUAGUACAAAAUGUUCUUUUCAUGGCUCCAAGUGAUCUUGAUGACUUGCCCAGCCUCAUUCAAGGGAGACCUGAAUUGGCAUAUUCCAUCGCCUUCACAACCGCCUGGUUUGUGCCUGGUUAUGGCCCGAUGCGGGCUUCUUUGACGCCACAUGUGCUGAAGAUCGUGAGAGCCAAUCAUUAUUCAAUGCGACGAACCGACGAUGAUAUGUGGACACUCCUACAAGCUUUAGGCGUGCUUUAUCUUUAUGCUUCGCCUAUCGACUCAGAGGAACCUGAAGGUAGUACGCCACAUUAUCCUGAGUUGAGCUUCCGAUUCUUGAAGCCUCUGGUCGAGUCCCUUGCAAUCUACGCUUCAAUUCAUCGAUCAUACGAAGAUCUCACUAAAGGAGUUGACCUUGUCACACCUUCGGGCAACUUCUGCCCUGCUUUACGUCGGUAUCUCUUUUGGUUGUGGCUUUUCACAUCCUCCCAGCAGUAUUCUUUGAUCACACGAACUCCUCCAACUAUUUCAGAGGAUAGCAUAAUCAAAUCGGCUCCAAAUCUUCUCAGUGCCAUCCAAGAUGAUGCCUUUAUCCGCAAGAUUCUUGCACAAGUCGAGCUGUAUCUUCUAUGGGCCAAAUCUGGGAUCAAAUACCCAAAUCUACGUGAAUGGUGGAGUUCUCCACAAGCUGAACUCGAUAUUGCUUCUACCAAGGAAAUGCUUACCGAGUUUGACAAGAUCUUGCUCGACUGGCGUCAGAAGUGGUCGCUGGAAGACAAUGCUACUGCACCAGGAAUGAACGCCGACCGCUUCAACAAUACUACCGUCGAAUCACUCUUCCGAUACGCUCGCUUUCAUAUCAGUACCUAUGCAACAAGGACUUUAUAUAAGGCUAUGACUGAGAGCACGGAGGCUGACCCCUCGACUUCACGCCUUGUUGCAUUAUCGCCACAGCUGACGGAGCUCUUCUCUAGAUCUGUCGAUGCUGCCGUUAGCUGGACUAGAUUCUUCAUUGACCUUGAUCCUGUUGCGAUUGAAACAGCACGUUAUGUUCCGGCCAUAAAUUUCACAAAGAUAACUUUCAGUUGUGUAUUUCUAAUCAUGGCUGCUGAGGUUCUUGCAGGCCCCGAUUUGAACCUUGAUCGGCAUCUCCAGUCCGUGAGGGACGCAGCUUCGUGUAUGAGAGAAUUAGGGGUAGAUGAAAAUGCCCCUCCAAGAGUUUACGCGAACAGAAUUCUACGGAGACUACAAGCAACAGACACGAGUCGACUUCUUGAUGCUAUAAGAAUCGUGCCACACCCAAGCAGUCAAGAAAGGCAAGCGAAUGUGUGCGCAAAUGCUCUGUCCUCAGUGGAUUCGCAAGACAAUCACCGGUCCUACGGAUCUGGCUCAACGAUGCCCGGCUCUUCUGGCCAAACGCUCAACCCUGAUGCAACCACUGAACCAGAUUUUCCAUUUUUUGAUUUCAAUGUCUUCCUUGAAAAUGAUGAAGAUGACAUCUUCAAUUUCGAUAAGACUUGGGGCGGCAAGUCACUUGAGGAGAUUGCGGCGUUAUUUGGCGAUGAGAUGGCUGUGGAAAAUCUCAACGAUGUUGAUCCAAACGCCAAAGUGCUCGCGACUACUAAGCAUGUCGAAAUCGAGUCAAGUCAUGAUAAAUCAAAAGUGUGA